AUGCCCGGCAUCAAGACCAUCAUCGCCCUCUCCUUCGUCCUCGCCGUCGGCUUCCUCCUCGUCAUCCUCUCGUGCGCGCUAUGGAAGGUCUACUACCCGCUGCUCGUCGUGGCGACCUACGUGAUCGCCCCGCUGCCCAACUGGAUCUGCAGCCGCGUCUCCAACCCGGACGACUUUGUCGAGAGCGGCUCCAGCUCCGCCGUCCUCGACCUGGGGCGCUUCCUGACGGGCUUCUUUGUCGUCAUGGGCAUUGCGCUGCCCAUCGUCCUUGCACACUCCAACCUCAUCCAGAUCGGCGCCAUGGUCAUGUCCGUCGUGGGCGGUCUCCUCAUCUACGGCACCAUCAUUAGCUUUGGCAUGUUCUUCCAGGAGGACCAGGAGUUCUAG